AUGCGGGGUGCGGGGGCGCGGUGGGGGGCGCUGUGGGGGUGGGGCUGGGGGUGCGGGCUGGCCCUGGCGCUGUCCGGGGGGCUGCUGUUCCCGCGGGAGACCCCGACCCGGGAGCUCAAGGAGCUGAACGGGCCGUGGAGCUUCAGGCCCGAUCCCUCCCCCGCCCGCGACCUCGGCUUCCGCCAGCGCUGGUACCGAAGACCCCUGCGGGAGCUCGGCCAGGUGCUGGACAUGCCCGUCCCCGCCAGCUUCAACGACAUCGGGCAGGACCCUCAGCUGCGCGGCUUCAUUGGCUGGGUGUGGUACGAGCGGGAGGUGCUGCUGCCGCAGCGCUGGGCCCAGGACCCGGGCACCCGGGUGGUGCUGCGGGUUGGCAGCGCUCACUACUACGCCAUCGUGUGGGUUGACGGGAUCCAGGUAGCCGAGCACGAGGGCGGGCACCUACCCUUCGAAGCCGACAUCAGCGCCUUGGUGCAGAGCGGAGGCGGGCAGCCCUGCCGGGUGACCAUCGCCAUCAACAACACCCUGAGCCCACACACGCUGCCCCCCGGCACUAUCCAGUACAUGAACGACAGCGCCCGGUACCCCAAGGGCUACUUUGUCCAGAACACUCAGUUUGACUUCUUCAACUACGCCGGCCUGCACCGCCCCGUGGUCGUCUACACCACCCCCAGCGCCUACAUCGACGACAUCACCGUCACCACCGACGUGGCCGAGGGAGUGGGUCUCGUCAACUAUCGGGUCUCCGUCCGCGGCAGCGAGACCUACAGGCUGAAGCUGGUUCUCCGCGAGGACGAGGGUCGAGUCGUGGCCACGGGGGCCGGCCCCUCGGGCCAGCUGGUCGUGGCCGACCCCCAGCUCUGGUGGCCGUACCUGAUGCACGAUCGUCCCGCUUACCUCUACUCGCUGGAGGUGACGCUGGAGGCCGACGGCGGUGACGCCGGAGCCGUGACCGACACGUACACGCUGCCCGUGGGCAUCCGCACCGUGGCCGUCACCCGGAACCAAUUCCUCAUCAACGGGAAGCCCUUCUAUUUCCACGGCGUCAACAAGCACGAGGAUGCCGACGUCCGUGGGAAAGGCCUAGACUGGCCGCUGCUCCUGAAGGAUUUCAACUUGCUCCGCUGGCUGGGGGCCAACUCCUUCCGCACCAGCCACUACCCGUACGCCGAGGAGGUGAUGAACCUCUGUGACCGCUACGGCAUCGUCGUCAUCGACGAGUGCCCCGCUGUGGGCAUCAAGCUGCCGGAGAGUUUCGGGAACAAGUCUCUGCAGCAUCACCUGAUGGUCAUGGAGGAGCUGGUGCGGAGAGACAAGAACCACCCCUCCGUAGUCAUGUGGUCCGUGGCCAACGAGCCCAGCUCGGGCCUACCUCCAGCGGCUUUCUACUUCAAGAGUGUGAUUGCCCACACCAAAGCCCUGGACCCCACCCGCCCCGUCACCUUUGUCACCAACACGGACUAUGCCCGCGAUUAUGGGGCCCCCUACGUGGACGUGAUCUGCGUGAACAGCUACUUCUCCUGGUACCACGACUUUGGCCACCUGGAGGUGAUCGACCUGCAGCUGGAUGCCCAGUUUGAGAACUGGUACAAAACCUACCAGAAGCCCAUUCUCCAGAGCGAGUACGGGGCCGACGCCGUCGCGGGCUUCCACCAGGACCCUCCCCUUAUGUUCAGCGAAGAGUAUCAGACGGCCGUGCUCCAGCGGUAUCAUCGGGCCCUGGACCGGAAACGCAAGGACUAUGUGGUGGGAGAGCUCGUCUGGAACUUCGCCGACUUCAUGACGGACCAAUCGCCGCUGCGCGUCCUGGGCAACAAGAAAGGCAUCUUCAGCCGCCAGCGCCAGCCGAAGGCCUCGGCCUUCCUCCUGAGAGACCGAUACUGGACCCUCGCCAACGAGACCCGUCCGGCCCCCGCCGGCCAGAGACCGCGCUGCGAGGUCCCGAGGCCCCCCUACCCCUAACUGGCCCGGGGCGGGGACCGACCUGCGGCCCCGGUGGGAGCGGCCCGUGCCCCUUGUCCCCGAACCCAUCCGUCUGGGAGUCAUUCUGUUACAAUUUGAGGGUGACGACCGGCACGGACGCGUGCUUGACUCCCGUUUGAGGAACGCGGAACGCCACCGUCACGGAGGCUCUCCGGGGGCCUCGGCUGCACCCUGGAAGUUCUGGCGAGCUGUGUGGCUGCUCAGAGGAAUCCCGAGUCCUAAGCCCGGCCCGAGUCUCUGUGGCAAGACCUGGGGCUGGGGGCCGCCUCCCCUCGGCUCGGGGCACGUCCGUCCGCCCCGGCCCCCGUCCCCCCAAUCCCGCCACGAUAAAGCUGGAUGCCCGUAACCAA